GUGCACGUGAUUAUUGAUUGCGCAGUCAGUUGUUCAGCGCGAUGACGGAGCUGUCCGAGUCUAUCGACUUACAGCCCAUCACAUCUCAGCCACCAAUAGACGAUCUCGAUGUUCUCUCCCAACCUGUCAUCCCGGCUUACCCAGAACUACCGACGGUCCCCAGUCAGACGACAGACUAUCUGCCACUGUCUCUGUUUACCAUGCUGUACUGCUGCUUUCCAAUUGGGCUAAUUGCUUUCUUGUACUCACUGAAGGUUCGCGAGGCCAAUUUGCUUGGUGACCAAACUCGAGCUCAGCGAGCAUCUCGUAUUGCCUGUAUACUGAACGUAGUGUCAGUUAUUGUCCUAUUUGUCAUUAUUGUAAUUGCUGUGCUUGUGGUAUUAUUAUCAGCCUGAACACUCGAAUUGUUGAACUGCAAGGCAAAGUUUUAUUCUAGUUGAUAUUGCGUGAUAUACUUUUGAGUCUAGAGUAUACCGUAUCUACCUAAGUCUGAAAUAUGUUUUGCAUAUAUAUCUGCUUUUAGCAGUAACUUUACUGUAUACAUAUAGUAAUCAGCUUACCAAUCAAAUAGAACAAUUUGUGAAAUA